AAAAGGGAGAAAAACCAGUGGUACAUAUUAUCUCAAGCACCAUGUGGAUCAGAGGGUUCUUUCAUUUUGUUCCUCCCACGCAUACUUCUCACUAAAAGCAUCAACAAACCAGUGACAGAAAAAAUGGUUGGAGACUAAAUAGAAAAAAAGAAAAUAACACAUACGAAGCACUAAGAGAGGAAGCAUGCAAAUGGCAAUUUUGUUAAGAGGGGGAGUACUAGGAGAUUCUUGCUUUCGUUUGUGUUCAUUAACAUCAACUUCUGUUUCUUUGCAUGUCUCCCAAAAUGUAGUCUUACCCACCUCACCAUCAUCAUCAUCAUCAUCAUCAUCAUCAUCACCAAUACUACCUUUGAUUGCAAGUAAAUUUAAAAUGGCCAGCCGAAACCGGAUAAUCUGCUCUGCUGUUCAAGAAUCAUCUACUAGUACAGCAGCUACUGCUGAAACAAAGGAAGAGGAGGUAAAGGAAGCUCCAAAAGCUGCACCAGCAAAGAAGCCUCCUGCUAAAGCUCCAGCUAAGCCUCUGCCACAGUUGAUGGAAGAGGAGGUUAUCCCUUCAUUGAAAGCAAUAUUUGAAGCCCAAGAAGAUUUCUCGAAUAUUGAGCUAGUCUUUAAGGACAAUAAGUUGGAAGGUUCUUUCUUGAAAGAGGGCAAUCCCUAUUCAUUUUGGGCCUUCUUUCCCACAGGAAACGUCAUUGGUCCAAAGGGGUUUUCUCUGUCAUCGUAUAACUCGGGGGCAAGCACUGUUGAACCAUUUCUGAUUGAUGAAAAGAAAAUUACUGCAAAACACAUUGUCUUCUGGGUUGAAAAACGUUUGGCAGCACAGGGGAUCAUACCUGUAUGGAAAGAUUAAUCUUUUAAAAAUGAAAUUUCAUUUUGGACGCAAAUGAUGUAGCAUACAAUUCAAUAUUCUCUUCUCAUUUGGAUUAAUGACAAUGGUAUACACAGUAAUUAUGUUGAUCAAUAUGCCAUUGUACAUCUCUUUAUGAUACAACAUUUUGUCGAGCAUAGUUUUUUUUUAUCAUUUGGUAUCAAGACAUUGUUUUUUUUCACCGUCAUUUCAGAUUUUCCAUUGGC